AUGAAUAACAAUAAUUGUCUCCUGCCUUAUUUGUUUGGUAGAUACUUUUCGGAAAUAGAUUUGAGCCGACUGUUCGAGUACAGUGAUCCUACUGAUUUGACGUCCAAGGACACGCUUAGGGACACAUCAGACACUGACUCGAGGAGAUGGAUGCUCGAGAAGCUAGAGGAAGAUCUCGGUGGCAUUGAUUCGUUCAUGGAGCAGUGUUGUGGAAUGACAAUUGAUUUCACUGAUUAUGGCCAGCUUUACAAGAAGUAA